AUGAAAUACAUAAAUUAUGACUUCAUUUCAUCUGAUCAUUUAAAAUACCUUCAUACUUAUCGUUAUAAAGGAUCAGAUCUAUCAUUGCUUUAUAAUUACAUUCUUUCACCAAUUGCAGAAUAUUGUUUAAAAUUUGUUCCUUUGAAUGUUGCGUACUAUUUUAGGAUAACUAUACAUUUAGACCUAAUGUGCUCACAUUACUUGGAUUAAUAUGCAUAAUAAUUCCACACAUCGUUUUCUAUUUUAUCAUGGGUGAUACCUUUAAUGGAUUCAUCCCAAAUUGGUUGUUGUGGUUAACAGCCAUCCUUCAUAUGCUUUAUAUGGUAAUAAUAAUCAGUAUCCCAGAAUUUCGAUAAUUUAGAUGGAAAGUAAGCUAGAAGAACAAGUAUAAUUGCAUAUAAAAAUAUUAAGGAAACUCUUCACCACUUGGAAUGAUCUUAGACCAUAAUUUUGAUUCUAUGAUCAUUUUAUUAUAGGGUAUUAUUAUAUAUAUAUAAAUAUUUAGGUACAAACCUAACUACAGCGAUGUAAAUUGGAAAUAAUAUUUUUUCAGUUGUUCUUUACAUCAUUCCAUCUAUUCCAUUUUAUUUGAUUGCACAUGAAGAAUAUUAUACACAUGAAAUGAAUCUACCAAUUUUAAAUGCUGCAGCAGAAGGCACUAUUAGUGUAGCCAUUUUCUUUGCUAUUACUGCUUAUUUUGGUAUUUUGUAAUUACCCAUAAAUAAAUAGGAUGUGAUUGGUGGUUAAUUAAAUUACCUACUUUUUAUGAACUAUAAAUCAACCAUUUUGUUCUGGUUGCAUUUGCUUCAUCUGUCAUAAUCACUAUGCCUUCAGUGUAAUAAUUUCUAUUAUUUAUCAUUUUAGUAUAUUCAAAAUAAGUAAAUUCACAUCAGUAUCAUCUUUAUUUAAAUAACUUCGUUAUUUUUUAUUCUGCAAUGCUGUUAUCCUAUAUAAUAUAUAUUUCUCAAAAACUAAUGUAAUUGAACAACAUGUAAGAGCUUAUAUGUACACAGUUGGUUUUACAAUGUCAAAGUCAGUGGGUAUUGUAGCUUUGAAUCAUGUAUGUAAUACCCCAUUACCAGCAUAUUUGAAUUCUAUUUAUUUCUUUAUUCUUCUUUUAAUAAAUACUAUUUCAGGUUAAAUAUUAGGAUAGUCAAUAUUAAAUGAAGGAAUAUUAAUUUAACUAAUUGCUUUAUUAAGUAUUUUUAUUCAUAUUCAUUUCCUAUACAAUAUUGGAAGAUAGAUAUCAAAUGAAUUAAACAUUAAAAUUUUUGAAAUCAAUAAGCCUAUUAAAUGA